CCAAAUGACAAGCACUAAACGAAUGACCAGAAACAUAAAACAUAUGAAUUUUUAAGUGAGUAAACAAAAUUGGUACGAAAAAGAUCAGUUGAAAAAAAAAAUGGAUGAAUUUUUGGUGCUUGACAGUCAGUUCAUAAAUGUUGAAGUGGAAGAAUGUCAAAACUUCAAUUGUAUCAUUUGCAAGCGUGUAUUUCUAACGAGAAAGGAGCGAAAUGAAUGCUUGGAGACACAUUUACUUCGUACAAAUUGUAAGAGUUGUAAGAAGCUGGUGAUUGUAAUUGGAGGCUUAGAAUUGGAACUACAUCGUCCAACACAUUGUGAACAAAUUGAUUCGUCGCAAGAGGAUGUAUUCGACGACGAUUAUGUGAUGGAUAAUGAAGAUAACUUACACGAUAACAUUGAUGAUAAAUUCAGUAUCGAAAGCGAUAAGGUGAAGGAAGCUUUGGCUGAGAAUAAUUUGACUAUUGAGUCAUUUAAGGAACCAAUAGAACACAAAAUCGUGGUAGAGCCUUCUACCGAAGUGCCUAGUGAAGUGGCCGAUGAAACAAAAGAGAAGAGAAGGAGAUCGUUGCGGAAGAGAGCUAUAAUCGAAAAACAAGAUUCGGAAAUCGAAAGUUCCGAGAAUACAAAAAAGCGCUCAAUCUAUGCAGAAAAUUCUAAUGACGAAUCUAGUGAAUUAGUUCAUAAAGUAGAGGAGACAAAAAAGAGAUCGGUGCGAAAACGAAAACGAAAAUCUACCAAAAAAAGGACAAGAUCCAGAAAAAACAAAGUCCGAAAUUCUUUAAAAUGCGAUGAUAAUGAUGCCGAUUCGAAAACCGAACAGAGUGAGAGUGAAGAUGAAUUUCUCAAGGAAAUGAAGAAAUCAAGAAAAAAACUACCAAAAAACGUUCCAUGUACCAUGUGUCCAUUAAAGUUCGGAACAGAGCGCACCUUGAAGAUUCACAUGAACAAAAAGCACGGAAUCAAAGAGCGAUAUAUCUGUUCAAUAUGUGAUCGAGAGUUUAAAAUUAGCGGAAAUUUAAAACAGCACAUGGAAACACAUACUGACUACCAUCGAUUCAUUUGUACUUACUGUGGCAAAGGCUUUCAUUUGCCAUUUAACAUGAAAGAGCACAUGAACUCACAUACGGGAGUCCGUCCGUAUAAAUGUGAAACUUGCGGUAAAUUUUUCGGCAGGACAAGUCAUUUGGCGGCCCACCAGAGGAUUCACACCGGCGAGAAACCGUAUAAAUGUAAUAUUGAAAAUUGUGUUCGAGUAUAUGCCUACAAGACGGAUCUAAAGAGACAUCAAAGAGCAGUUCAUGGCAUCAUCGAUAAAACGUUUCCCUGUCCGAUUUGUGGAAAGAUCUUCUAUGAAAACAAAUAUCUUACGAAGCAUCUCAAAGUUCAUUAGGAUGAUUACUAACGCGCUUAUUUCUCACAAACCCACUCCAAGAGAGUUCAAUUACAUUUAUGUUUGUUUCAUAUGAUAUUACAAUUCGAUCCUUGCACGGGAUUCGAAUUAAAAUUGUUUUUAUAUCUCAAUACUGAUGACCAUAAAUGUUAUUGAUAUUUUUUUUUAUAAAAGAUUUUAUAAAAUAAAACAAA